GCAUGGCUCUAUCAAUGUGACUGAUUUCAAGUCCAGCUGGCGAAGCGGACUGCCUUUUUUAGCCAUCAUCCAAACCCUGCGACCAGGUCUAGUUGAUUUGGAGAAGGCAAAAGCUAGAAGCAAUAAAGAAAACCUGAAAGAGGCUUUCAGAAUUGCAGAACAGGAGCUGAAUAUUCCACGGCUUCUUGAACCUGAAGAUGUUGACAUUAUGAAUCCGGAUGAAAAAUCAAUCAUGACUUAUGUGGCUCAGUUUUUGCAAUACUCCAGGAAUUUACCUGAGUGUGAAGAAGACAUGCAGGAAAAAGUAAGAGAGGCCAUGAGCUGGUUGGCUGCACAGGAGAAGAAGUUAGCAAAGCUGCUGAUCGACACAGAGAAUGAAACAUAUUACCAGAAGUGCAAAAUUAACAAAUGGAAAGCGAAGCUGGACCAGAUGUUGCCCUCCCCUCUGGAUAGCAUUGAGGCUUGGCUUCAGGAGGUGGAACAUCUGCAGGCAGAAGAUCUGCCUGAUUUGCAGGACCCGUUUAAAGCGAUGCUUGUCUUCAGAGAAAUAAUUGUAAUAUUUAAGGGCUUGAUGGAUUGUUUUGAUUCUCACUUGGACACCCUUCAAUCAUUUAAGAAUGAAGAUGAGAAGAGUACGCCACUAGUCUUGCCUGAAAAAUUCAGCAAUAUUUGUUUCACAAGCUCCAUCACCUUUCUUGAAUACCACUAUGGACUGUGCUCAGCUAUUGCCAAUGAAGUGAUGUUAAAGCUAAAUAUCUGGGACAUGAAAUAUGGGACAAAAGAGUCCGUGGAAUCACUGAUGGAAAAUUGGAAUAAUUUCGUUGAAGAGAUGAGACUUGAAACGCAACUAGAAACUGCUACUCACAUCUGUGAAGAUUUGAAAAACAAAAACAUAACCAAUCCUGACUUAGCUGGAGAUCCUCAAGAAAUUAACAGACUUUUAAAGACAGUGGAGUCAAAGAUUUCUAUGUGCAGAGACUACAUUUCCAAUGUAAAUACCACCCUAAAGAAAGUCCUGUCUUCCUGGAGUAAUUACACAGAAAACAUCCGCUUACUAAAGACGUGGCUCGAAGAAAAACGAAAUGAGCAUCCGAAAGAGAUCCCUGCUGAGAUCCUGGCAAAGUGGAGUUCGGUUCAUGGUUCUUUAAAUGAAGCUGGAAACUAUCUCAUUGAGGUCAGCAAAGAGCAAGUUGGAUCAAAUAUUGCCAAGGAGCUGAAGAAACUGAACAGGAGAUGGGCUAAGUUCAUCAAGAGGACACAGUUU